CUUAUUAAUUCGCUGCACGUUCGUGGAUUGGUCACGCGGAAUUCAGAGGAUAACCGGAAACAGCAGGUUGUUGCUGCCGAAAACAUCGUUAACGUCUCCGUUUACCAACUCGGAUGCUAAACUCACAACUACGCCGAUAGAAAAAUGGCUUUGACUCAAGAAAACAUCUUAACGUUUUUACUGGAGCGCGGGGGCAAAGUGAAAAACUCGGAGCUUGUGAACAAGUUUAAAGUAGUGAUCAACUCCAGUGAUCCCGCGGUAAAGAAAGAAAACCGGGAUCUGUUCAAGAGACUAAUCAACAGCGUCGCCGUGGUUAAGCAGCUCGAUGAUGUGAAGUAUGUGGUCGUGAAGAAAAAAUACCAAGGAUUCGUCAAAGGUGAAACAAUCUCGUUGAGCAACAGUUUGGUUGACAUUAAAUCACAAUGCUGCAGAUCCGAUAAAAUACAGAAUGCGGAUAUCAUCAAUAACAAUUAUCAUUUUCCUACCCAAACUGCAAGUCAAUGUUCGUCUCUUAAAAGUGAUCAUUCAGAAAAAAUUAAAGCUGAUUCAGUUCAUCCUGGAGGACCAUCUGACUUUAACCUUGCCAAAGUACUUAACGUAAGUAAUGUCAGAAGUGGACAGACUGAGUCCGUUUUCGCUCUUGUGGCCAUAAAAACUCCACCAAAACCUGAGCUGCAUUGUGACGAAAGGGGAAAAACACACCACAAAGCACCAGGAGAUGCUAAAGAGACGUCACCUCAAUGUAUUGCUGAAAGAAGCACAAAACUCAAGGAAACUUUUCAUCUAAAGGAUGGUUUUCUGUACAGGUCUACAAGAACCAAACGAAAAGAGCUAGAAGCACACGGUUCACCUCAAUUGCGAAGGUCUAGCAAAAUAACCAGAUCAGGUAAUGAAGUUAAAGACACAUAUGUAAUUCCUCUGGGACCUGUUGAACACGAGUGGCUGGUUAAAUCAGCAAAAGGAUGCUGGACUCGGAUCUGCAGCCUCCUGCUUCAGCAUCCUCAGCUGGCGGAGAAGCAAAAUUUCAUGUCUGGCUUUACCGUCCUGCACUGGGCUGCUAAAAGUGGAAACUGUGAAAUGGUUUGUAAAGUCAUGGAUGUUACGAGACAGAGUGCCGGAGGAAUCUGUGUUAAUGCCAAGUCUUAUGAUGGGUACACUCCUCUCCACAUUGCUGCCAUUCAUAGCCAUGAGGGUGUUUUAUCACUGCUGGUGUGCAAAUAUGGUGCCAACACUAAUAUAAGGGAUAACAGUGGAAAGAAAGCUUACCAUUAUCUGAGUCAAGAUGUGUCUUUUGAAAUUAGGAAGAUGCUCGGAGAUCCUCGAUUCCUGCAUCCGAAUGGUCACUGUCAGUUAGGGGAUGACCAGAAUCUUCAAGAGUUUUCUAAAGGAUUUAAGCCCUUGGGGAAACUAUUUCAGCCCCACGUUGUUGGACAUUUAAAGAAACGCAGACGUCGCCCAAGCUUUCGUUUCAUCAGUGAUGACCAUUAAGACACUAAAAAAAACUGCACUUAAUACAAACUGCUUUAAUGAAACUAAGAAAUAUCCUAACUGAAAGUUACUCUAAAAAAUGUGAGACACUUAAAUAAUCUGUUGUACACUGUGAAAAAUUAUUUGAAUUAGCAAGUAAUUUAAACUUUUUUGACUAGUGAGGAUUUGGUAUUAAAGUUUAAAAAAAGUUUUUAAAAGUUAAAAAGUAACGUAAAUUAAAAAAACACUAAGGUUGCAUAACAACUAAUCGCAACUAAUCGUUUGCAUUUUGCAGAAUAAAAGUGUUUGUUUACAACAUAAAUGUGUAUGGUAUAAUAGGCUAAUAAAUAAAUACACACACAUGCAUGUAUAUAUUUAAGAAAUAUUUCCAUGUGUAUAUACAUUUUUAUAUUUAUUUAUAAUUUAUAUAUAUAAAAUUUAAAAUACACUCAAUUAUUUUUCUUAAAUUAUGGGUGUGUUUUUGUGUGUUUAUAUAUGGAUAAAUAUGAUACACAGCACACACACAUAUUUGAACUAAACAAAAACUUUUAUUCUGCAAACGAUUAGUUGCUAUGCAGCCCUAAAAAAAAUUGUUUGUGUUCGAACAGAGAUUAGACUAGUCAUCCUAGCCUAAAAUAAACUGAAAACAACUUGCACUGACAUAUCUUAAAAUACAUGUGUGCAUUUUGAGGCAAAACAAAGGGCACCGAAGUAAUGUUUUUAGUAAGGCAUGUUAAAACUAUAUUUCCCAAUUAAACUAAGGCCUAGUCCUGUCACAAGCUAAUUCCUGUUCCGGGAAACCGCACCUAUGUGUCAUUUAGUGUUCAAAUAAAUAAAAUGGACAACACAAGAUGUGUUCCAAUAAUACCACAGAGAUGUGUCUAGUUAGGUACAACAAAUUUAAUGUGUUAUCCCUUAACUAGACACAAAAUGUGUUGUUUUAACACAAUGCACAACUUUAUUUUUUAUAAUUUAUAGCAACUUCUAACUAGUCAAAAAAUGGAAAUAAAUUAUUAUUUUAAGUUGUUUAAACUUAAACAUUUAGUUCAGCAAAGAUUUUUUUUUACACUGUAAAAGAUCACUUAAGUUUAAUCAACUUGGAUUUACAAGUCAUUUUAACUGCUUUGACUGUGAUGACUUAUAAAAUAACUAUAUUCACUUUGAUUUAUUAAGUUGCAACUCAUCACUUGUCAAGAAAGUUAAAAAGACUCGUAAAUUCUAGUUUAAUAAACUUAUAAAUGUAAUUGCAAAAAUAUUUUUUACAGUGUAUGUUUUAAAAGACACUUAAAUAAUUUGUUGUAUGUUUAAUGUUAUGUGUUAAUUUAAUUGGUAAUUGCAAAGGUAAAAGCCAUGAACACUAUGUCUCCUGUUUAUGAUAUUUGUUAAAAUAGUUUGUAAGUAACAAGAAAAUGGAUUUAGAUUGAUAUUUUUAAUGGAUUUGCACAUGUUUUCAUGUUUGACACAAAACUGUUUUCAUUUUUCCAAGCACUGAGUAACAAUUAAAAUCUGUAAAACAAAACAAACAACAAACAACAUUUAGGAAGUAUAAGCAGCAUUUUAUGUACUUCUGUUACAUUAGCUGCUUGUUUUGAUGUUUAAAUCAUUAUUAAAGAUGAUUAUAGUAUUGUGUUAACUUACACAAUAACUCACAGAUAUACUCACAGAUGUUAUUUCUGAAGGAUGUGUCUCAGCAGAAAUUGUUCUCUUAGUAAAAAUUUGUUCUCAAACAGCAGCUCUGUCAUC